AUGCCUCCAAUCACAGGAAAAGUGAAUGGCGUUAUACGGUCGAACGAGCCGUUGCCGCUGACGUUCGAUGAGCUUACGAAGUAUUGGUUCACCCAGGUUCUCAACAAGCCUGUCCAAGACGUUAAGGUCAUCGAGACUAUCCAUGGAACGGCUUCCAAAAUCUUAAUAAAAUUAACGUUCGACAAUGGUACCGAUGGCAGCCCCAGCAAUAUUUGCGUCAAAGGCGGAUUCAACUCUGACAUUCGAGAGUCUUUGCCCUUCCUCUACGCCAUUUACCGACGUGAAGCAGAGUUCUACUACUACCUUGCCCCAGAGCUCAAGAUCCCUCUUCCACCGGUAUUGUAUGCUGGCACAGAUACUUUGACUGGACAGGGCAUCGUUGUAAUGACCGAUCUCAAAGCUCAGGGUUACACAUUUGGUGACCCACUCGAGACAUGGCCGGUUGAGAGGGCAAGAAUGAGUGUCAAGCAGCUAGCUACUCUCCAUACCAGCACGUGGGAGGAUAUAAGUGAAGCCAAUCCCUCAGUGAGCGAGACUGUUUCUAUCAGAGAUGCAAUUGUGGGUUUGUUGGCACCAGAUGAAUGGGAUAAACGUUUUGCUCCAGAUGCGCGACCUCCAGUUCCUGAGUUCAUGGAGGAUCGGGAGCGCAUGACGCUAACAUUCAAGGCUCUUUGGGAGUCAGAGUCCAAAAUGAAGUGCCUCGUCCAUGGUGAUGCACAUAUUGGAAACACGUUCGUCUCCCCCACAGGAGAGCCUGGCUUCCUUGACUGGCAAGUCAUUCACGCUGCAUCACCCUUGCACGACGUUGCUUAUUUCAUCGGCGGGUCACUGUCAAUUCAAGAUCGCCGCGAUCAUGAGAAAGACCUCUUGCAGUCUUAUCUCAGCGCUCUGAAGCUUGCGGACGGCCCGGAACUUGAGAUGGUGGAUGUUUGGGAGGAGUACCGGCGACAAACCUUUCACGGCUUUGCAUGGGCCCUUGCUGGGCCACUGAUGCAGAGCCGCGAUAUUGUUGAUGCUAUGGUGGAACGACACUGCGCUGCGAUUGUAGAUCACAAGAGCAUAGAAUUACUGGACUUUGGGGAGGUAUAA